AUGCAUAUAUUAAGCCUUCAUGUUAUUCUCAUAAGACUUAUACUAAUAUUUUAUUGUCAUUACGAUGUAACAGGACAAGGGAAUCAUGAUAAAGCUGCGCCACGCGGUACCUCUUCGCUAACAUUUGUCUUCGACACGACUGGAUCAAUGAAUGAUGAUUUGAUUCAAGUGCAAGAUGGCGCAAAAAAAAUCCUGGAUACUGUACUCAAACAGCGUGAAAAGCUUAUAUACAAUUAUGUCUACGUACCCUUUCAUGAUCCAAGAGUUGGGCCAGUGUUUUCUACGACGGAUCCGAGAACUUUCCAACGGCAUCUCAAUUCUGUACACGUAGUUGGUGGCGGUGAUUGUCCUGAAAUGACGCUCAGCGGUAUUCAAAUGGCCUUAAAAGCCUCAUUGCCUGCAUCAUUUAUAUAUGUUUUUACCGAUGCGCGAGCUAAAGAUUAUCAUUUAGAAGAUCAGAUCGUGAAUUUGAUUCAGGAAAAACAGAGUUCUGUAGUGUUUGUGAUGACAGGCGACUGCAACAAUCGUACACAUCCUGGUUUUCAAUGCUAUGAAAGAAUAGCUGCUGUUGGUUUUGGACAAGUGUUUCACUUGGAGAAAACAGAUAUCAACAAAGUACUCAAUUAUGUCCGCCAUUCGAUCACCUUAAAAAAGGUUCACAUAAUGUAUGAAGUUAGAGACCAUAGUGGUACAUCUUUAUGUCAAAUACCUGUUGAUAGGUCUCUUACUGAAUUAACGGUGUCAUUAUCAGGCGAUAAGGAUGAUGGAAGUUAUUUGGACAUUAGUUUAAUUGAUCCUAAAGGUGAACGACUAGAUCGAGCUCAACUCAGUAAUGAAAGUGGUUCGAUUGAUUUGAGCAAUAUUAAACUGAUCCGGAUUCGAAAUCCUAUGCCAGGAAUUUGGAAAAUACGUACAUCAAGUCGUUUGAAACAUACUCUACGGGUUCUCGGUCAUGGUGCUAUUGAUUUCAAAUACGGUUUUGCUGUGAAAUUAGUCGAUAAAAUGGAACUGUCACAUCCACGACCAAUCGCACAUCAAAGUACCUAUCUGAUCGUCAAUAUGAAAGGAUUAGCCGCACCAGGUAUGGUUACCGAAAUUUCAUUGGUGGAUUACUACGGGAAGGAAUUAUUCUCAAAAGCAGCUACGAUACAUAUGCCAAAUCCUUAUCAAUACUAUAUUGGACCGUUUGUACCACCAACUGGAUUAUUUUUUGUUCGUGUAAGAGGUGAAGACGAUCGAUCAUACGAGUUUCAGCGAAUCGCUCCUACCGCAAUUUCAGCCGUAAAAACUACUGGACCAAGAGCAUAUAUGGCUGAUCGAUUGACAGCGAUCGUUUCACAGUCGUUCAAUUUGACAUGUUCAGUAGUUUCAAAAGGUGAAUUUACACUUUACUGGUACAAAGAUAACAAACAAAUUGGCGAACCUCUUUUCUAUCCAUAUUCGGAUACAUCUGUUUGGACUUUUGAUGCAAUUACCCCGCAGGAUCGCGGCGAAUAUCAGUGUGUGGUUAGUAGCUCCUCUGGAAAUCAUACUGCUACCACAUUUCUCGAAAUAGAAGAACCAGUUCCUGAGAUAACAUUCAUUCGGAAUGAAUCAGUAGCACGAGGAAGUUUAGCAUUUUUGCAUUGUCGCACUCAGAAUUUGAACGCCAUAAUUCAGUGGCUGAAAAAAGAUUCAGUAAUUGGCAAUACGGCUAAGACGCGUUUAUACGCUAAUGGUACUUUGAUGAUUAGUGACGUGAAUAUGCAAGAUGCAGGCAUUUAUCACUGUCGUGUACAAACAUCAGGAGGUCGUGCUGAAGCUAUCAUGCAUUUACGUGUCUUGGAAGUUCCUAAAGUUCACGUUACACCAAAGCAGUUAUAUUUCGUACGUGAGCAGUCAUUUAACGUUUCCUGUUCUGUUGAUGGAGACGAUAUGCCUCCGGAACCGGAAUGGUAUUUUAAAGGAAAUCGAAUCAUUCCAGACCAUCAGAAAUAUUACAUCACUUACAAAUAUGAUCUAAUUGUGCAACGAGCAACGGAAAGUGAUGCCGGAAUAUAUGAAUGUCGUGCGAGUAAUGUUGCCGGUUCUCAUGCAGAUAAUACAGUUGCGCAAAUGUCAACUCCUCCAAAAAUUCGUGUUAUUCGUGAUCGACAAAUGAUUGGCAGAGGUGAUCGUGUCACGUUGGAAUGCGUCAUAGAGCAAGGUAAUCCAAAACCAAAAAUCACUUGGUUCCGUGGAGGACAUGAAGUUCCAAGUUACAGGUAUAUUACGAUUGACGAAAACAAACUCACUAUUCAGGGAGUACAAGAUUCUGAUGCCGGAUCGUACACGUGUGUUGCGCAGAAUUUGGCUGGGCGUGAUCUAGGAAUAAUCAAUCUUGAUGUUGGAAGUAUGCCAACAAUUGUACCAACUCCGGAAGUAGUACGAGUGAACAUUGAACGAUCAGUAACACUUCAAUGUCGUGCAAUAGGAUAUCCUCUACCUAAAAUUACCUGGCACCGUAAUGGAGUACCAAUUGAGGAACUGACUACUCGAGUCAAAAUUCUUCCAGAUGGAAGUCUUCUCAUUAAUAAUGUUCAAGUCGAUGACCAGGAUCGUUACACGUGCACCGCAGAGAAUAUAUUUGGCCGUCAAGAUAAAACGACUGUUUUGCUGGUCACUGGACUUGUAAGCCCAGUAUUAGGGCAUGUGCCUCCAGAAGGGAAAUUGAUAGAGGGUGAAGAACUUCGUCUAUCUUGUAUUGCUGUUCUUGGAACACCAAAGCCCACUCUCAAGUGGUAUAAAGAUGGCAAACCAUUACGAUCUUCUGCUUAUGUUACGAUAGAAUCAGGAGGCAGCAUUCUGUUGCUGCGCAAAGGUCGUCCACAAGAUGAAGGCCGAUACACUUGCGUUGCGACAAAUUCAGCGGGCAAUGCCUCUCUCAAUGUUAAUGUCGAGUUGAUUAAAAAGCCCAAUAUCGAGAAGAAUGAUGCAUUGAAAUAUACGACAUCCACGGGGAAGGCACUGGAAAUCCCGUGUCGUGCUACCGGAAAACCACAACCGAAAGUGGUUUGGAGCAUCAACAGUAAACCAAUCAGUUCUAGUGAUCAAGAGUAUGAGAUUCUGCCUGAUAACACAUUGAGGAUUGGCCAAACAAGCGUAAGCCAUUCAGGGAAGUACAUUUGUACAGCUUCUAAUGUGGCGGGUGAAGCAAAGAUAGCAACUGAUGUGGUCAUUCUCGGUCCACCCGUUAUUGAACCCGGACAAAUCUCUUAUAAUUUAAUUCAGGGCAAUCCAAUCACAUUGCCUUGUGAAGUUCGAAGUGAUUCUGCCGCAACGAUCACUUGGUAA